GGCCGCCAUCUUGCGCCGAGCCGAAGUCUUGGAGCCGGAGGCUGCGGCCGAGAGAGCGCCCGAGCCAGCGGCCCGAGCCCCGCCGCGGCGCAGCCGGGACGCUUCCCCGCCGCCUCUCCGCACCCGGUGCCGGUCUCCCCGGCCCUCCGCCCGGCCCGGUCCGGCCGCCCUGAGGGGUCACGCUGCCGCCCCGGGGACGAUGAACGGAGGAUAAAUGGUGCCCAAGGCAGACAGCGGCGCCUUCCUGCUGCUCUUCCUGCUCGUGCUCACCGUCACCGAGCCGCUGCGGCCAGAGCUGCGGUGCAACCCUGGCCAGUUUGCCUGUCGCAGUGGUGCCAUCCAGUGCAUCCCCCUGCCCUGGCAGUGUGAUGGCUGGGUGACGUGUGAAGAUGAGAGCGAUGAAGCCAACUGUCCAGAAGUGACGGGGGAGACACGUACGUACCAUGGGAAGGAGGCCAUGGACCCGAGACAGGGACGGACCCGGGGCGGUGACCCCACACACUUCCACGCGGUGAACAUGGCCCAGCCUGUCCGUUUCAGCAGGAAAUGCCCGACAGGGUGGCACCAUUAUGAGGGCACAGCCAGCUGCUACCGGGUCUACCAGAGCGGCGAGAACUACUGGGACGCAGCACAGACCUGCCAGCGUGUCAAUGGCUCCCUGGCCACCUUCACCACCGACCAGGAGCUGCGCUUCGUCCUGGCCCAGGAGUGGGAGCAGCCGGAGCGGAGCUUUGCCUGGCAGGACCAGCACAAGUUGUGGGUUGGCUAUCAGUAUGUCAUCACCGGCCGGAACCACUCCUUAGAGGGCCGCUGGGAGGUGGCAUUCAAAGGCUCCUCGGAGGUGUUCCUGCCCCCAGACCCCAUCUUCGCCUCAGCCAUGUCAGAGAGUGACAGUGUGCUCUGCGCCCAGCUGCAGUGCUUCCACUUCCCCACGCUCCGCCACCACGACCUGCACAGCUGGCAUGCCGAGAACUGCUACGAGAAGUCUUCGUUCCUAUGCAAAAGGAGUCAGACGUGUGUCGACAUCAAGGACAACGUGGUGGAUGAAGGGUUCUACUUCACCCCCAAAGGAGAUGACCCCUGCCUGAGCUGCACGUGCCAUGGCGGAGAGCCCGAGAUGUGUGUGGCCGCCUUGUGUGAGCGGCCGCAGGGCUGCCAGCAGUACCGCAAGGACCCCAAGGAGUGCUGCAAGUUCAUGUGCUUGGACCCAGAUGGCAACAGCCUCUUUGACUCCAUGGCCAGUGGGAUGCGCCUCAUCGUCAGCUGCAUCUCCUCCUUCCUCAUCCUGUCACUGCUGCUUUUCAUGGUCCACCGGCUUCGCCAAAGGCGUCGGGAGCGCCUUGAGUCACUGAUCGGAGCAAACCUGCACCACUUCAACCUGGGCCGCAGGAUCCCUGGCUUUGACUAUGGGCCGGACGGAUUUGGCACGGGCCUCACGCCACUCCACCUCUCCGAUGACGGUGAAGGUGGCACUUUCCACUUCCACGAUCCUCCGCCUCCCUACACCGCCUACAAGUACCCGGAUCUCGGUCAGCCUGAUGACCCCCCGCCGCCCUACGAGGCCUCCAUCAACCCAGACAGUGUGUUCUAUGACCCUGCAGAUGACGAUGCCUUCGAGCCAGCUGAGGUCAGGCCGCCCCCGACAGGGGAUGGCAGUGGGGACGGGGUCGAGCCCCAGCUCCUGGAGCAGCCCUUGCCCCCAGGGACAUCACUGACAGACCUGGAAGACUCAGUGGACAGCAGCAGCGCCCUCCUGGUGCCACCUGACUCCACCCCGAGUGGGAGCGACUCGGCCAUGGAGGCACUGCCUGCCGGUGGCCGCCAUAGCCGCAGCCCCCUCAAUACUGUGGUGUAGGGACCCUGGCCCCAGCCUGCUGUGGUGGGCGUGUCCAGGGGCAGUGGCUCCCCAAGGGAGACUUGAGGGCACCCCCCAGGAGCCUCAACCCAGCAUGUGGGUGCAGCCAGCGAACCCUGGCCAGGCCCUCUUUCCCCGGGGGCCUGGGAUCCACACGCAGCUUUGGGUCUCGGCCCUUUUCUUUCUUGAAUGGACGAAGAAUGACAGUUUGUCCAUACUCUCAGACGCUGGGAAAAAAACGGGCACUGUGGGCGGGACAGGGCCAGUUUGCCAUCCUGAGGAGCCCGCAGCUGAGCUGCCCUAGCGCAGGAGGGGCACCUGUGGCGUACCAGCCGAUUGGGGGGGGCCUAUCAGUAUUGUCUUGGGCAGUAAGGUCUGCUCGGUUGGCUGCUCUAGGGGGUGACCCUGCCCUGGGCGGGGGGCUGACCUGUCCUCCACUGCCUCUCCCCCUGAGAAGGGCCACUUGGAGAGGGGGGCCAUGUGCUGUCAUCUCCCUCCUGGGCUCUGCGGCCCGGUUCUGUGCCAUCUCGUCGCCCCAGCCUGCCCCCUCCCUCCCCGGCAUUGCUGUGCAUGGCUCCGCGGAGGCUGCCCUGGAGUACCCGGCCUGCUCCUGCCUGCUGCCCUCUGAGGCCUUGGAACCCGCCUCCUGCUGAAUGCGCCCCUGGGCCUGCCCCUCAAAAACUCCCCACCUUAUUUGUGCCAUAAAGGAUUGAUUCUUUAUGGGGAGGUCCACAUCCCGGGCCCUGUCUACCCCUGAAAGGCCACUUGCAUACCCACAGCCAUGUGCCACCUCCUGGUCCUCUGCAGCUCGGGGGCCUUUUGCCUGAGCACCCCUAUCACCCGCUUCAGGGCAGCGGGACUAUCUCAGCACAGGGCUCUGAGCAGUUCUGAGGUUAUGAGACGAAGCGGGUUCUGUGCGAUUUUGAGCACAUCCAUAUCUUUUCUACGUUGAAUGUCUGCAUCUUGCGCGUGUGUGUAUGUGUGUGCGUGCGUGUGUGUAUGUGUGCGUGUGUGUGUGUCCAAGUUUUUGCAGAUGGUGGCGGUACACAGGAACACAGGCACCGGUGCUGAGGCAGGGGCCCUGCUGCCGGGCAGCACCAUAGCAGGGCUGUGCCUGCGGCCCUCACCCAUGAGCACAGACCCCCAGCUUUACGCGGGCUGCUGCAGCAGGGCUGUGUCCUGGACCCUGGCACCAGACCUUGGCAGCUUCAGUUUGCUGUGUGACAUCGGUCUGCUCCGGGAUACCAGCCAUGCCCUUGCCCACAGAGCUAACACUGCUUUGAGGAUGGUGUCCCUGGGCGUGCGAGCAUCACGCAGGCAGCUGCAGAUGAGGCAGGAAGCGGAACACAUGGGCUAGGGCAGUCCCAGAUCAGAAGUAAUGGCCUGAUAGGGCCCGGAGUCUGCUUCACGGAGUCUCAGAGGGCCCGGGCCUGACAUAGCUCCAGCUUCCUCCCAGCCCCAGAGGCCCUGGCCUGUCCCAGAACUGUGUUUACAGGGCAAGGCAGCUGGCAGCCUUGUGGGGCUGGAAAACUGAGGACCCAAGGACUGUGGGGCCAGUGAGACACAUGAGAGGCACUGAGGAAGGGAGCUGUGGAGGGUGGGCCUGCUGCCAUUCUGGCCAGAUUCUGCAGGCAGGGGUGCCCUGGGGCCUGGUCUUUGAGGGGAGAGCUAGAGCCUGACUGUGUGUCCACCUCGCCUUUGCCCCCAUCCUCACCAGCCCUUUUGGUGAGGUGAUGACACUCCAGUGGUCUGGCCGAGCCCCUGCCCAGGCUCAUCCUGGCUCCUGGGAGAGGCGGGAUCCCAGAACACUGGAGCCCAGGCCCUGCCAGGGAGGUGGGAUGGAUACUGUACAUUGUCUCGAAGCCUGUUCUUUCUGUCUGUUUUCCUUCACUUAGAGGGGUUUUAGUUUGGGGUUUAUUUUUGGUUGGGUUGACACUAAUUCUUAAGAUGCUGUGAGAACCAUUUCAUCCAAAUGCCAAAUAAAUUUGUGUUCUGGAA